UAGACCGCGCUUUAUACAUUUUAACGCUUUCAUGUUGUUUAUUUCUCAUCAUCUGUCUCGAAGCGGAACUACAAUAAAAGCCGGUCUCGUAGGAACUAGUUCGCACAGAAAGUGUUUCCGGAAGGAUCCGAAAAGUGAACGGACACGAUAGUACUUCUUUUACGUAAACAAACAAACAAAAAAAAUGUUGUGUUUCGAUUACUAAAUAGUAAACGUGUGUUAUGAAAUAUAAAAUAAAUAUAUCAGAUGUAAAUAAUGAUUUGUUUAGAUCAAUUAAAGGUCUAGAGAGACAGAAUAAAGAGACACCAGUGUUUUUGUGUAUAAGCUGCCGGUUAUGGUUAAGUGUUAGCUUAGAGACUCUUGCUGUGUCUGUCUCACACCUGCGAUGGGAGUUCAUGGCCUGUGGAAGUUACUGGCGAGCACAGGGAAGCCCAUCAACCCGGAAACACUGGAGGGGAAGAUCCUAGCAGUUGAUAUCAGCAUCUGGCUCAACCAAGCACUGAAGGGCGUGCGGGAUCGUGAUGGCAACAACGUCCAUAACGCCCACCUUCUUAUACUGUUCCAUCGUCUGUGCAAGUUGCUUUUCUUUCGCAUCAGGCCCGUCUUUGUUUAUGAUGGAGAUGCACCUCUGCUUAAGAGACAGACCCUGGCUAUCAGGCGACAGAGGAAGGAAGAGAUGGCUCUCGAGUCCAAGCAAACCCAUGAGAAACUCCUGAGAACGUUUCUGAAGAGGCAGGCCAUCAAAGCUGCACUAGGAGACCACAGUCAAGAGACAAUUCCUAGUAUUUCCUCCAUGCGAAGAGAUGAGGUGGAGGAAAUGUACGUUUUACCAGAACUGCCUCCUGUAGAGGAAAAAGAAAGGAGCAGUUCUGAUGAAGAACCAGAAAGAGAUGAGGCACAGACACAUGAGCCAUAUCUCACAUUUCAGGAUGAGAUUUCUGAAAAUCCCAAUUCUGUAGACAUAAACUCGGAGGAGUUUGACCUCCUGUCACCAGAGAUCAAACACGAGAUUCUCAAAGACAUGAAGGAGUUCAGCAAGAGAAGACGCACACUUUAUCACAAACCUCCUGAGAGGUCAGGGGACUUCUCUCAGUAUCAGUUGGCAGGACUGCUGCAGAGGAACAACCUGAACCUACGACUAGAGGGUGUGGAGAAAGAAAUGAACCAGCGCAGAUGUGGAGCUGUGGAGGAGUACGGGCAGGGUGAAGAGCACAACGUUGAGUCACGCCGUCUUCUGUCUGAGGAUUCUUCACAUUAUAUACUCAUCAAAGGGCCCCAGAAGAGCACACAGACUUCUGAGAGCCAUCCAGCCCCAGAUCCUUGGUCUUGUGGCCCUUGGUCAAGGAAAGGAGGACUCAAGGGAAGGCCAGAGCCUCUUUGGCGCCCAAUAUCAGAUGGCAUUCCUGAGGAAAAGGAGCCAUCUUCUUCCUCUACUUCAUCAACAACUCCAAAACCAAUCAUUUGUAGCCAGGAACAGCCUUCAGAUGGAGCUCCUCCCUCCCCACGAACCCUUCAGGCCAUUCAGGCAGCUAUGAUGGACAGUAGCUCAGAUGAAGAUGAAUUGGCCUCUAUGAAAACUAUCCAAGAUGGAAGUAGAGCAGCAAGUUCUCAAGAAGGAACCGGUAGUGUGUCACCUCGCACUUUGCAGGCCAUUCAGAGAGCCCUGGUGGAGGACAAUAAUGUAUCUGAAGACCUCUGCAAAGAGGUUCAAACUCCGCAACGGAAGUGUAUCAUUGUCAGCAGCUCAGAUGAUGAUGAUGAUGAUCAAAUAGAAAGCACAGUGAUGGAAAGGAGAGUCUUGGAAGAAGCUCGGGAAGGAGGUGGAGUUUCUCCACAGACUUUACUGGCCCUUCAGAGAGCCUUAGGAGAAAAGGAGACAUUUAGUGGGAUUAAGCAGGUGGGGCAUGUGGGUUUCUUGAGCAGUUCUGAAGGAGAGGAAAUGGAAGAGGUAGUUGGAGUGAGGAGCAAGGAGUUCAAAGCUGCUACACUUGGUAAGGAAGAAGAGCAUGAAAAAGGUGCCCGAGAAACAGCCUUCACCCCCUCAGAUCUACAGUCUGGUGAGGACCGUUUGCCCCAAGAUCAUGAACCAAGCUGUAAUUCUGAAAAUAAUUUCCUGCAGAAAGGAAGUUUGAGCAUUAACUUAACUGAAGAGAGAAAUGUCAAGAGUGAAGAGGAGGACAGCAGCUCUGAAGGUUUCAUUGAGGUUUCAGAAGGAGAAGAGGUGUCUGAAUUGGAUAAUUCAGGAACCAAAUCAGAAGAUGAGUUACCAGAAAUGAGUGAUAAAGAUGAUGUGGUGGGGAGCGAUAAAGAGGAGAGCCAAGAGAAAGAGUCAAGCGAAAGAAGUCCGUCAUUAAAUAACAGUACAACGGAGGAGCAAGAAGCUGAAAGCUCUCGAGAAGCAACCGCUGUUCCUGCAACCAGUGAAUGGGACAAUAUUGACACGGAGGAGCUGCUACAGUUGGAGAAAAAUCUGCAGGCAGAGCAGAGCAGCCUGCGCGAGCAGCAACAGCAACAGCAGCGCAGCGCUGCUACGGUUACAGGACAGAUGUGCCAGGAGAGUCAGGAGCUGCUGCGGUUGUUUGGUGUGCCCUUCAUUGUUGCCCCAAUGGAAGCUGAGGCUCAGUGUGCAGCUUUGGACCGGGCAGACCAGACGCAUGGCACCAUCACUGACGACAGUGACGUCUGGCUGUUCGGAGGACGACACGUCUACAAAAACUUCUUCAACAGCAACAAAUACGUGGAACACUACCAGUAUCUGGAUAUUCAAAAUCAGCUUGGACUGGACAGGACUAAGCUGAUCAAUCUUGCCUAUCUCCUGGGUAGUGAUUACACCGAGGGGAUCCAAGGUGUCGGAUACGUCACAGGCAUGGAAAUACUAAACGAGUUCCCUGGGCCUGGUUUAGAACCUCUCACUCAGUUCAGUAAGUGGUGGAACGAAGCUCAAACCAAUAAGAAGCUGGCUGCUGAUCCUAAGGACACAAAGGUGAAGAAAAAGCUAAGAGCAUUGAAUCUUCAUCCAGGUUUCCCCAACCCUGUUGUCGCUGAGGCCUACCUCCAGCCCACUGUUGACCAAUCAGAGGGCUUGUUUUGCUGGGGCCGGCCACAGCUGGAUCGCCUCAAAGAGUUUUGUUAUAGUCGAUUUGGUUGGAACAGCAAGAAGACUGAAGAAACUCUUCAGCCCGUCCUAAAACAGCUCAGCACUCAACAGACCCAGCUGCGCAUCGAUUCCUUCUUCCGUCUGGAGCAGCAGGAGAGGCAGGCUAUCCGCAGCCAGCGCUUACGUCGAGCCGUCACCUGCCUCAAGAGGAAGGAGCGUGAUGGAGCAGAUAAUGAACCGGAGAGCAGUGAAGAUGAAAUAGUCUCACCAGUCAAGAAAGGGAAGAACUCCAAAGAGAAAGGAACUGAUGUUAUGCCUGCAGGGAUGUUUGGAGGAGGUUUUCUUGGGUUGGACAUGAGUACUAAUAGUCCAGAAGAGAAACUGAUUAUGGGUGAAAUUGAGAAAAAGCCAAAAACAGUAAAAAGUGAGCUGUUGAAAAUCCAAUCCAGCAGCAGCAGCAGUUCAGAAGAUGAACUUGAACAUAAGAAUAGAGUGACUAUGGUUACUGCACAGUCUGUAUUUGAGGGGAAAACAAGAGGUAGGGGGAGAAGAGGAAGAGGAAAGACCAAGAAAAACUUCUAAUGGCAAAUUACUUCAAUAUUAUUUUUGUAAGGCAGACAAUGCCUGAAGCCUAUGAUGUGAAUGAAAUCAGAUUAAAUUAUGGCAGAAAACUGAGGUAAUGUUUGUGUACGAUGUUUCCACAAUUUGAUCAUGUAUAUUCUCUCAUGUUUUUAAAUAAAAAAAAAAAGCAGUUGACAGACAAAUUUCCCCAAGCCAGUGAUGCAAGAAAAUGGAAUGCCCCAGUGGCACAGUUUUUUGUUCAGUAAAUAUUACCUGUUGCUUCUUAAAAUGUCUUUUUUUUUAUAAUUAUGUAGUCCACAGAGUCCUAACCCUGGUCCUGGAGUACCUACUGUCCUGCACAUUUAGGAAUUUUAAGCCUUUAUUUGUCACAUAUACAUUAGAGCACAGUGAAAUUCUUUCUCUGCAUUUAACCCAUCUGGGGAUGUGAACACACACGCACCCAGGACAAUGGGCAGCUGCAUUACAGCGCCUGGGGAGUAGUUGGAGGGUUAGGUGCCUUGCUUAAAGUGCAUAUUCUGGAUCAAUUUCGUUUUUUUUUUUUUUUUUAUAUGACAGUAUGUCCCCUUACACACUCAUCCAGAAGGGUAAUUUUGCACAAGGCCAUCUGUCUACAGCAGAAAAAAAUAUAACAAAAUGCGUCUGGAAAAAUCCCAAGGGAGUCUGGAGCCAGAUUCGUGACGUUAUCUGUGGAAGCACCAGCAGGCUGCGCGAGCUUUGCACGGUUUCAGUGCACAGCCUGUGUAGACCAAGCGCUCCCAUUUCUCUCUCAUUGUCCGGUCUUUUGGGAAACGAUGAGUACUAAUCCCAUCAAGAUUGGUGUUGCUACACCCUCCUACGAUACAUCUGUUAACCAUUUUAAUAAUUACGCGAUAACGUUGAAGAAAUUUGCAGAAAACCACCAGGUCGUUUUCUCAUAAACAAACCAGCGCUGACGUAGGAUUCAGAAGGAGGUGUCCCGCAGAUGACGUCACAAAAAUCAAUGUUUGCCGGGAAAUCCAAAUGGCAAGUUUUUUCAGAGGCGGACCAAUUCGCCUCAAAUGCCUUGAUUUCAACUGAAUUUUUCUGGUAUUGCGCAAAGUAAAAAAAAAAUUGCACAAAAUGCAAAAUGUGACAAAUAUUUGACCAAAGUUUAAUAUAAAAUAGGAGAAUUACAUUGAUCUUGCGCCUGAAUUUACCCAUGAUAUGCACUUUAAGGGCACUUCAGCUAUGGAUGUAAAGGGAGGGGAAAGUGCUGUUCAUUCACUCCUCCCAUUCACACUUUUUUUUUUCCCCCCCUGCUGGUCCAGGGAAUCAAACCUUUUGGUCCCAAAGCCGCUUCUCUAACCUUUAGGCCUCGGCUUCCCGAGUGUCUUCACUGAUUUCAACAUACGUGAUUCAACUAAUGAGUUAAUUAACAGCCUUUCCUGAGUUAAUGUGUGUUAGAACAAGAAACACAUUGAAACGUGUAAGACAGGGAGUACGCCAGGACAGGGCUGGGAAUCUGCGCUGUAGUCCAAAAUUUGUAUAUUUAAAAUUGUCAAUAAAUUGACAGUUUUGCAGCA